AUGGACAAGGCCCAAGACACCUCAAGUGCGAUGCGAGCAACCGCUGACUUGGAGGAUGCGCUCAACUCCAUUGCACUGGGGAACAACAAUGCGGAAUCAGGCGAUCCGGAAAUCAUCCCUUUUCGAAAGAGUCCUCCCGUUACACCUCCGAAAACUAUGCCCAUCAGUACUCGCGACGACGGGGCUCUCAUGGACCCGGAGAAUGAAAGAGGACGGCAAGAGGUCAAGGGCAGUGUCAUCCUGUCGACCACUGCCGCCAAGACGAAGAAGAAGAAAAACAAGGCAAAAGCGGCUCAAGCAGCUCAAGCAUUGAAUACUGUCAGGGGAUUCACUCCGGCCGACUCGGGUGCCGAAGAGUCGGAUGUGUCACGCAACAGCCCGCGGGUUCUAUCUCCUAUCCCUCGUUUGCCUGCGUUGGCCGGUGCCAGCCCAGGUCUAAGACCUCAGUCACCGGGUGUCAGCAGUCUAAAAGCUCAGUUGGACGCACUCUACUCUCGCAGUCAAAGUCGCUCCAACUCGUGUGUCCGCAAUACCAUAGAUUCGGAGGCCAACAGCAGCGCCGCCAGCGCAGCGUCCGACACCCAAGGAGAGGAGCUGCACGAAGACAUGGUCAGCUACCAUGUCCAGAUCGAUCAAGACUUCGUUAGUCAGUCGCUGGCGGAAACUGGCGUCAUUUCGGCAGCUUCCACCACGCCUAUGGAUGCGGAUCAGCGUGCGACUUCGAUGAUUGUCCGCAAGAUGACCGCAGCAGACUUCACUCCCAUCCGCUGCCUCGGGGACGGGGCCUUUGGGACAGUGCUUCUCGUCCGACAGAAUGCCACGGGCCGUUUGUUCGCUCAGAAACAGCUCACCAAAGCGUUCAUCAAGGUUCACAAGAAGCGGAUCGAGUCGACCAUGUCCGAACGAAGCAUCCUCGAACUGGUCAAUCGUCACCCGUUCAUUGUCAAUCUUUACUACGCGUUCCAGGAUCACGAGAAGUUGUAUUUGAUUCUUGAAUAUGCUUCGGGCGGAGAACUCUUCCGUCACCUGGAGUUGGAAAAAUUCUUCUCGGAAGAGGUGGCUGCAUUUUACGUUGCCGAGAUUGUCUUGGCUCUAGACUAUCUUCACAAUACGGUCGGCGUCAUCUACCGUGAUCUCAAACCGGAGAAUUGCUUGCUGAACGCCGAGGGCCAUUUGCUCUUGACAGAUUUCGGUCUGAGCAAGGUUGCGGUUCAGGAUCCGAGUACACCGGGAGGGAGUCGUUGCAACAGUCUCGGGGUGGGGACGAUCGAAUACAUGGCCCCUGAGAUCAUCAGAGGCAGUGAUGAAUCCAACUGGGGUCCGGGAUAUGGCAAAGCGUGCGAUUGGUGGUCAUUGGGUGCGAUGGCUUGCGAUCUUAUGACGGGGAAACCGCCAUUCGGAGGCGGCAGUUGGACCAAGAUCCAGCAGAACAUCAUGUAUCAAAAGUUGAGCCUGCCAUAUUUCCUGUCGCCGGAUGCCAAAGACCUUCUCACGCGGCUGUUGCGCAAGGAGCCUAAGAAGCGACUUGGCGUGGGCCCAAACGACAUCAAUAUUAUCAAGAAGCACCGAUUCUUCAGAAAAAUUGACUGGACAAAAUUGGAGGCCAAGGAGCUUGAACCACCCAUCAAACCCCUGGUCACCAAUCCUGAAUUGGCCGAGAACUUUGCCAAAGAGUUCACCGACAGAGCGAUUGACACCAUUACGCGAAGACAUAGCCGGACCUUGAGCAAGUCUGAUCCGUUUGGCGGCUUCAGCUACGUUGCGAGUAGCAGUUUGCUGGAAGAAUCCAUGCUUUUGGAACUCGACGAGGCCAUCAUUGACGACGACAUAUAA